GCGGUGGUGGCGGUGGCGGAGGCGGCGCGCUGGAGGCAGCCAUGGCAAAGCAGUACGACUCGGUGGAGUGCCCCUUUUGUGAUGAGGUGACCAAAUACGAGAAGCUCGCUAAGAUCGGCCAAGGCACCUUCGGGGAGGUAUUUAAGGCAAAGCACCGUAAGACCGGCAAAAAGGUGGCUCUGAAGAAAGUGCUGAUGGAGAAUGAGAAGGAGGGGUUCCCCAUUACAGCCUUGCGGGAAAUCAAGAUCCUCCAACUUCUAAAACACGAGAAUGUGGUCAACUUGAUUGAGAUCUGUCGAACCAAAGCUUCCCCCUAUAACCGCUGCAAAGGCAGUAUAUACCUAGUGUUUGACUUCUGCGAGCAUGACCUUGCUGGGCUGCUGAGCAAUGUCUUAGUCAAGUUCACACUGUCCGAGAUCAAGAAGGUCAUGCAGAUGUUGCUCAACGGCCUCUACUACAUCCACAGAAACAAGAUCCUGCACAGGGACAUGAAGGCAGCUAAUGUGCUCAUCACUCGCGAUGGGGUUCUGAAGCUGGCAGACUUUGGGCUGGCCCGGGCCUUCAGCCUGGCCAAGAACAGCCAGCCCAACCGCUAUACCAACCGUGUGGUGACACUCUGGUACCGGCCCCCGGAGCUGUUGCUCGGGGAGCGGGACUACGGCCCCCCCAUUGACCUGUGGGGUGCUGGGUGCAUCAUGGCGGAGAUGUGGACCCGCAGCCCUAUCAUGCAGGGCAACACCGAGCAGCACCAGCUUGCCCUCAUCAGCCAGCUCUGUGGCUCCAUCACCCCUGAGGUGUGGCCCAACGUGGACAAGUACGAGCUGUUUGAGAAGUUGGACCUGGUUAAGGGACAGAAACGGAAGGUGAAGGACAGGCUGAAGGCCUACGUGCGGGACCCCUACGCGCUGGACCUCAUCGACAAGCUGCUGGUGCUGGACCCUGCACAGCGCAUCGACAGUGACGACGCCCUCAACCACGACUUCUUCUGGUCCGACCCCAUGCCCUCCGAUCUCAAGGGCAUGCUCUCCACGCACCUGACGUCCAUGUUCGAGUAUCUGGCACCGCCACGCCGGAAGGGCAGCCAGAUCACCCAGCAGUCCACCAACCAGAGCCGCAACCCCGCCACCACCAACCAGACGGAAUUUGAACGUGUCUUCUGAGGGCCGGCUGCCCGCCCUUUUUGUUAGGGCAGUUUUAUUUUUCCUUCUGCUAUGUGACUUGCAUUGUGGAGAUGAUGGGGCAUUUGAGUUUUCUCUAGUGCUUAUUUCCUCCCUCCUCUGGGCACUGGGAACACCAGCUGAGCGGACUGGAGGAAAGCUUUGGCUGAAAGUCCCGGAGGGCACUGGGGUGCCUCGCCUUGUUCCCUGGCUUUCGAGACGAUGCCCAGAGGGCCUCCAUUUACUUUCAGACAGGAAUGGGGUGGGAGGAGAGGCACCCCCCACCAGUGACUUUGUAAAGAGAGUUCCCAGUGUGGUAGGAGGAAGGGACAGGUCCCUCACCUGUCGCCAGCCCUCCUCUCAGGUGAGAAACGGGCGUGGGGGACAGAACCAGCCCCAGGAGUGGGCUGCUCUUGGCCCAACCCUCCGAAGCCCCGGGGCUGGCAAAAACUUGGUUUCUUCAAUAGAGAAUUUUAUCGUGUUUCUUUUGCUCAGUUUGGAGACAUUCCUGGACAGUUUGGUCAGUUAUAAUUAAAGUUGACUUUUUUUUUUCAGUAA